CUAACUACUUGUCACGUGAUCGGGUGUAGCUCGAGUCUGUACAGAAAGCUGGGCUUUUAUUUACAACUGUGUGGAUAAAGUCGGACAAUCGGUAAAGUCGAAUCAUGGCUGGGAUAAUAACAAAACUACAAAGCUCUAUAGGAGACUAUACAUUAGAAGAUUUCAAACAGUUCUGUAAGGAUAAUGUUAACGUGAGGAGUGGUUUAGUAUUUGGUGUUUGUAUUGGAAUAUGGUGGCUGAUGAGAAAACCCCGAGGGAUCCCCCCGGGUCCAAAGUUCACGUUACCUUUAAUAGGAGAUCUGUUGUUUCUCGGCAAAGGUGACAUUAACGUCAUCUUGAGAAGAAUGAGAAAGAAAUAUGGUGAUAUAUUUAGUAUGUAUUUUGGGCCCAGAUUAGUCAUAGUUUUAAAUGGUUAUGAUAAAAUAAAAGAAGCCUUGGUGAAAAAUGGAGAUUUGUUUUCUGAUCGACCGACUUUAUUUGUAAGCGAGAUGAUUGGUAAGCGACGAGGAAUAGUGUCAUCAUCUGGUCAACUGUGGAAAGAUCAAAGAAAAUUUGCUCUAGAAACUUUAAGAGAAUUUGGUUUUGGAAGAACGAUACUUGAAGACAAAAUUCAUGAAGAAAUUGAAGUUUUCAUUGAAGUUAUUAGAAAACAUAAUGGCAGACAGUUCGAUAUGUUCCGAUCAACCCAGUCCGCCAUCUCGAAUAUCAUUUCCUCGUUAGUUUAUGGACAAAGAUUUGAAUACGACGAUCCGUUAUUUAACGAAUUUCUGGAAAGAGUGGAAGAAAAUUUUAACAAUCUAGGAAAUACCGGGCUUAUAAACUUUUUGCCCGUUAUUAGAUUUUUACCCGGAGACUUUUUUAAGUUCAAAAGAACACUUGCUAAUGUUGCUUUUGCCGAGGAUGACAUAAUUCGACCAUCAAUAGCUGAACACAAGAGGAACUUUGAUCCUCACCAUACUGAUGAUUAUAUUGGCAGCUAUAUAAAAGCGAUGAAACGGGCCGAGGAAACUGGAGAGCAGUCGAACCUGGACGAGAAUAAUUUAAUCAAAUCAAUCGGAGAUCUGUUUGUAGCUGGCACAGAAACAACAUCAACAACUAUUCUAUGGACGAUUCUCUACCUGCUUCAUAAUCCAAACAUACAAGCAAGGUGUUACAAAGAGAUUCAAGAUGUCGUUGGUUCAGGUCGCCUACCUUCUAUGAAAGAUAAACCUUCUAUGCCAUAUAAUGAAGCGGUGUUAUUAGAGGUUUUAAGAAAAGCCAACAUCGCCGUAAAUGGCGUUCCCCACACUGUUAGUGAAGACACGAUUUUUCACGGUUACGUCAUACCUAAAGAUGCCAUCAUUCUACCAAACCUAGAUUCCGUUCUGUCAGAUGAUAAAAUUUGGGGUGAUGCUGGCGUGUUUCGUCCCGAACGAUUUAUAGAUUCAUUGGGAAAGGUCAAGAAACAAGAAGAGUUUAUUCCCUUCUCUAUAGGAAGAAGAGUAUGUCUUGGAGAAUCCUUGGCUAAAAUGGAAUUAUUUUUAUUUAUGACAACCUUGAUACAAAGAUUUGAAUUUAAACCAGUAGAACCUGAUAAUUUACCAACAUUAAAGGGUGUUUUUGGAAUCACGCAUGCUCCAACCAAAUACGACGUUAGAGCUGUACCUAGAUGUUAAAACUCUAAUCUUAAAAUAAAUCGAGACAAUUUCAUUCAUCUUAUAUUUCAUGAUAUGUACUAUUCAAAAAAGGUAGGGGAUAUUGACAUGCAAAUACCUACGCAGGUUGUGAUAUGAUAAAUAGUCAUGGACAGUUGACAUGCUUUGAGAGUAUGUUCACAGAUGAAGAACUUAUCGCCACAACAGAACCACUGAGCUGCACAUGCGACACGCAAUAGCGCCAUGCACGUGGGAGGGGUUCAUUGUCAAAUUUGACACUUCAAGGAAGGGUUGAUGAAAACUGCCGCGGGCUGGUUUAUGUAUCCAUGUUAGCAUUCCUAUCGGCUCUUGUAUAAGAUUUACUUCUUAGCGUAUCUUUGCUUUAGUGUGUUACGUUUAAUUUGAUCGGGACACGUGUUCGUCGACGUCAACCGACAACACUGCAAGAAUUGGCCGUGUCACUGCAAGGGGAAUGGGCCAGAUUGCCCCAAAUCGUGAUUGGACGGUUGAUUAGGAGCAUGCCUCGACGAAUUGCUGAAUGUCUAAGGAUUGGUGGAGCAAUUACUCAUUAUUAAGACAAAGAUCAAAACCGUCUAUUGUCACUUUUGACGGUGUGUCUCUUUGCGAGUGAAAUGGGGCCUUCAGAUAAGCCGCCCAUAUGAACUGUUUAUAUUCAUGUGUACGCGACUGGCCUGUUAUUAACAUACACUGGUUACCUCUAAUAAAAACAGCAGUGCAUUUCCGCAGUUUUGUAUUGUUUCUGAAUAUCCCCUACUUUUUUUUGAAAAGUAUGUAUAAUUUCCGCUUCGAGAUUAGAGAUAAGUCUGCAUUAGCUGAAUGUGUAUUGCUAUUACAUGAAUAAUGCUUCUUUAAUUAUAGAGAUAAGUACAAUAUUAAUUUAAACUUGUUUACAAUAACUCUUGAUAAUUCUUGUAGAUUAGAUAUGUCUAGUAUUAUUAAGAACAUGUAUUUCUAAUAAUUGAAUGUCUAUGUUAAAAGAAAUUUGUGUAUGUUAGGGAUAAGUCUAGUGUUAACAAGAAUGUGUAUUUAUGUUAAAGGACCAUAUUGGUGCCAGUCAUUAUCACAUAUGUUAUAGAGCUGGUUAAACACAUUCCAAAUAUAAUUUUAACACAGAGAUCAUUGCUACGAUAGCUGAGUAAUACAGGUUUCCUGAAUCGGAAGUGACGAACGCCAAAGGAAAACACGAGUAAUCCCUCUAUAUAACUGACUGAUGUGACGAGUGAUAACAGAUACACGGCCGAAUUUCUGCUCACUAAUAAUUCCUUCCAAGACCAAAAGUUGCUAUAUGGGACUGUAAGAGGAUACCUGACAAUUCAAUAAAGUAAUUGAAUGUCAUAUAAGAGAACACGAUCAAAAUAGAAAUAGUCCGUACAUUCCCUUGUUUAUAUUCAUUUUACACCUUAUAAAACAUGGUAUGCACGGAUUUUUUCUGUUUUUCUUUCGUAGCAAUGAUCUCUGUGUUUCUUUCGUAGCAAUGAUCUCUGUGUUCUUUUACAUGCACAGCAACGCCAUGGCGUACAUCCUGCACCACGCUGAAAAAAUCACAAAAAAAGAGCCCACGACUUUCCGUUUAGCGGGCCUAGUCCUGUCCUUACUGACGGGCCCCAUAGAUUUAAUACACAAGGCAGCCAAAUAACUCAAAUAAAAUACGGCGAUACAUGCUCACGCCAUCGAUUGUUCCAAAAUAAUAAGUUUUAUAUGCAACUCAAGUAUGUAUCCGUCUAACAAUAUCGCAUUUGAUAUUUGUUUAUGUUCCAACUUAAUCAACCAAAUAAGACGCAGACUUCUACUUCAUCAGGGGGGAGGGGGAUGGAUGGCCGAAUGGUUGGCACGCGCGCGCUGUAUCAUAAGGCCUGUCAUUGAGUCAGCUGGCGUGGUUUCAAAUCCCCGGUUGUACGUGACAAGGAGUAGAGCCUCCUGUUCAACCUCGUGGGUUUUCUCCGGGUCCACCGAUUUCCUCCCACUGCUAAUGAACCCUACGCGCAAGCGAAUUAUUGAAAUAAAAUUAAACCAUAUGUUAGUUCCGAAAUGACCUAGUUUGUAUCGAGUGGACGUUAAAUCCCAUUUCUCUUUCUCUUUCUUUCUCUCUACUUCAUCAGAUUCCUGUCCAUCACUGUAUGUUUAUAAAAAAAAACAUGUACUUUUUAAACACGUGGUUGUGUUAAAACACAAUAUGAAUUGAGCUGAAUAGCACGAACACAUCUUUGUUUAAAAAUAGUGAAUAAUUUCAUUAUGUAAACAGUUUCAAAGUGUCUUGUUAUGAUUGCAUCUAUCUCAAAGACUCACAUUUGGGCUGUUAUUAGUUUUUCGCCUCCCUAAGCAAACAAACCUUUUCAUCAUAAUAUUGACAUUCAAAGCCAUGUUUGCAGCAUGCAGAAAAUAAAUGAAUCAAACAAAC